UUGAGGAGAUAAGAAGCAUUGUGAUACCAUGCUCAUUGUGCGGUCCGAUAUUCUUUAUCCCUACCAGGCUCUAGAGGUUCUGUCAGUAAUGGUGUGUAUGAGUGGAGACUUUCUAAAACAACGCGUGGUGAAGGAUGUACUGCCAGUCAUUAGAACAUUCCUGGAUAAACAGUCUCAGAUCAGCUUGCAGGCGGGUCAGGCAUACCUGUAUACUGUCAGCUGUAGACUACAACAACAGGCCCUUCAGGUGCUCGGCAGUCUCACCGUUCAGCUUGGUCUGUCUGGGAACUGCCUAGAUAGUAUCCUUGGAGUGUGUGCUUCCUACCUCAGUACACGGCAACCUAAACCACUACAACAGGUUUCCAUGGAGAUCUGUACACAGCUGGCAGCCAUUGCAAGUGAUGAACUUUGGCUUCGAUUGAAUGACUUAUACAGGGAGGAGGAUUAUACACCACCACACCCGAUCUUCUCACCUGUAAAGUUCCAUAGCAAAGUCGGAUGUCAGAAUGAAUUCACUGAUAACAUCCUGAGACUGAGAAAGUCUGGGAACUUUGAGGGGACUUGAAUGUGUUGAUUUGUGAUUGUUUGAUUAUCACAUGAGUUCCGACUUAUCAAAUGCCUUGUUCCUUGGAGUAGAUUUCAAUUGAUUGAAAACCAGAUAUGUACGUCCUACAGAUCUUCUAUCAGGCCAUAAUACUCAGUUGAUACAACAUCAGACUAAGGCACCAUGGGUUAAAAUACUAUGUAUAUGGUUAAAUCACUUAAUUGAGUCAGUUUCCAUUUCUCGGGAAGCUGUGAUGAUUGAUCAUCCUAUGCUGUGGUGUUUGUGAUCUUUGGCAAGACACUUCAUCCCAAAUCUUCUGGUUAGCCUGCAGUGAUGUAGCCACCAGCUACUACCAACAGAUCCCAGAACCUGAAAGACACCCAGGCUGAUGUGUAUGUGACCUCGGACAAGACACUUUAUCCCAACUCCUCUGGAUAGCGUGCGGUAAAUGCCCCCAUGUGUGUUGUUCAGUGAUGUAGCCACCAGCUACUACAAGCAGACAUCAUGGCCUCAAAAAGACCCUCACUGUUGAUGGGUGAGAACCCUAACAACUAAUGAAGACCUUCAUAAUGUAUUUCGCCAAUACAGUUGUGAUUGCAUGAACUACAGAAUCUGAGUGAUCUCUAAAAGUUUAUGACUUUCAUCGAUUAAGUACUAUACAGAAGUUAAAUUAACUGCAGAAUAUGUAUGGGUUUUACAUGUUCAGAUGUCUAUGACCAACCUGUUGUUUGUAUGAAACGCAGAACGUGUUAUGAGGUAUACUGAAUGAUCAAUUGUAUAUUAGAUUUAUCAACAGGAUUGGUUACCGAGGACACGUUCAACCACAGUAAACAAGAAUGUGUUGAUGUUGAGUAAGGUGUUUAUCUGUUCAUAUCCAAUGAAUAUCAAGUAAACAUGAAUACAAAGCUGGUA